AUGCCUUCGAUUCCCGCGAAACGUCGUAUGAUCUCCAAGAGGACUGGAAUAAUUUCAGCCAGUGGCAGUCUGAGGCAAGCCCUCUGGUGCUGGCGUGAUCCAAAAGAUAAGAUGCAUCACAAACUUGGACCCCACCCUCUGGAAAGUAUGGUUCGAUAUGUGGAGCAAGGUGGCAAAAUAUCGACUCAUGAAGACGUACCUGACUUCAUCCGCCAAGAGAUAUUAGGCGCAGAAGAGCAGCGGCAAAACCAACCAAAAAAUUCACACCAUCGAGCCGCCUCCUCUCCUUCAAUUAAUAUCACCAACGUUUUACCUUCACCAUCUUCAUCAGCUGCUCAUCAAAUGGCAGCAGGCGAAGCAUCCACCUCUGCACCACCAACAAGAUCCAACUCAACAGAUUGUUUGAAUGUGCAGGGAUGCAGGGAUGACGCUGUCAUUGACUAUACAGACUGGCAGAUAUCUCAAGCGAGAAGUGACACGUGGAGAGACGGCUUUCAACGUUGCGGCGCUAUCGCUUUAGAAAAAGGGCUUGAUCUUGACUUGCUGUAUAAGAAGGGCCCCACGGUUUAUGAUGGCCAAAAUAUUAUAGAAGGCUUGAUAGAACAGUAUGUGCGAGACAUCAAAUUCUGGGCAGAGAAGGUUCGACCAAGAAGGAGAGAGUUCGAAAGUGCAACCAGUCAAUCAUUAUGA